AUGAGUCAUUUUCAGUAUGUUGACGUGGAGACACUGGCCGAUCAACCAGAUGACCUGGAGGCCAGAGAUGUGGGAUUGCAGGUCAGGACCAAUGACCGCAAGGACAGCUCCUGCCAAGCCAUCCUUCAGACCAUUCAGUGUCUGGUGGGUACCACGGCCAGAGACACAGGAACACGUGCCUACAUCCUGUCUCUGGCCUGGAAUGCCCUGUGUACGGUGAUCAUGCCUCUGCAGAUGUUUCUCGUGCUCCUUUCCCUCCACCUCUAUCAUUUCCCCAUGGAGAUAAGAAACCAGACCAGUGGCUCCACAUUGAUGCUCCAAAGCAUCGCCAACGCUGGACAGCAGCAGCUUCUUUUUGUGUUCUUCCUGUGUCUGUACCUGGUCACUGUGGGGGGGAACGUGCUCAUCGUCCCGGCCAUCAGGACAGACUCCCGCCUCCACUCCCCCAUGUACUUCUUCCUCGCCAACCUGUAUAUGGUAGAUAUCGGCUUCUCCUCUACCACUUUGCCCAGCCUGCUGGGGACACUCUUCACUGGAUGCCAGGACGUUCCUUACCGUGACUGUCUGGCCCAGAUUUAUUUCUUCAUUGCUUUUGGGGCCACCGAGAACUUCCUCCUGGCUGCGAUGGCCUAUGAUCGCUACUUGGCCAUCUGCAAUCCGCUGUGUUACUCUCUGGUCAUGAACCCUCAGCAUUGUGUCCUGCUGGUUGUUGCCUGCUGGCUGUUUUCUCAUCCCCACUCCCUGCUGCACGCCCUCCUGAUGACCCAGAUGACCUUCUGUGCCUCCUGUGAAAUUCCUCUCUACUUCCAUGACAUCUUACCCCUGUUGAAGAUCUCUUGCUCCGAUCCUCACAUCAACUUCCUUGUGGUGUACACAGAAGGGGCCACCAUAGUCAACAAUGUCCUUCUGAUGGUCCUGGCCUCCUACGCCCACAUUAUCACCGCUGUUCUGCGGGUGCCCUUGGCCCAUGGGAAGCGCAAAGCUUUCUCCACCUGUAGCUCCCACUUGGCUGCAGUCGGGCUAUUCUAUGGCACGGUCAUUUGGGUCUACUUCCAGUCAUCAUCCAACUUCUCCUCUGAGCGGGACACCGUAGCCACAGUCAUUUACACAACUAUCACCCCGCUCCUGAACCCCUUUAUCUACAGCCUGCAUAACAGAGACCUACACCAGGCUUUGCGCUCCUGGCCCUGCAAAGGGAAGGAUGCAUAUCCCAGCACAAAUCAUGGCUGCCUCCAGGGGUCGACCUUCACUCUCUGUCUCUCAGUGGUCUGGAUCAGUGUUGUAGACAGUCUGACUGUGUUCGUCCUGACCAUCGUCGACAUCCACACCCUGGGGCAUCUCUUCCUCUCCACUCAGUCAUCCCAAUAUCCCAGCAUCUGA